AUGGAGGCCGUGGUGCGAGACAUCGUGUGCUUCGGGUCCGGGAGCCUUGACGAGGUGGGGAGCAGGCUGGACCGGCUGGGCGUGGCCGUCUCGCCCCACCUGGUGGGGCGCGUGAUCGACUCGUGCGGCGAGACGGGCGGAGGCUCCGGCAGGAGGUUGCUGCGCUUUUUGGCGUGGUGCCGGUCCAGGCACCCCGGGUCGCUGGGGGUGGAGGCGCUCGACAGGGCGAUUGGGGCGCUUGCGUGGGCCGGGGACCUUACUGCGAUGAGAAUCGCCAUUAUUGAUGCUGAGAAGGACAGGCGGAGGAUGGCUCCCGAGACAUUUUCCACCGUGGUCGACGCACUUGUCAAGGCGGGGAGGGAGGAUGAGGCAGUUCGCCUGUUUAGAGGCUUGGAGAGGCAGCGAUUGCUGCCUGAGCGUGGGGGCUGUGUUGGAGGCGAUGGCGUAUGGUCGAGCAGCCUUGCCAUGAUCCAGGCAUUGUGUAAGAGGGGCCAUGCUCGUGAGGCACUGGGUGUUGUGUGGCACCAUAAGAGCGAGCUCUCGGCAGAGCCCACGGUUAGCAUCGUUGAACGUAGCCUCCUCCAUGGUUGGUGCGUUCAUGGGAACGCUAAGGAGGCUCGGGAAGUCCUCAAUGAAAUGAAGUCUUCAGGCGCUCCGUUGGGCUUGCCAUCAUUCAACGAUUUUCUCCAUUGUGUGUGCCACAGAAACCUUAAGUUCAAUCCCUCUGCCCUUGUUCCAGAGGCUAUGGAUAUAUUAACAGAGAUGAGGUCCUGUGGUGUUCCCCCGGCUGCUUCUAGCUUCAACAUAUUACUUUCAUGUUUAGGCCGAGCAAGAAGAGUGAAAGAAGCUUAUAGAAUCUUGUACUUGAUGACAGAAGGAAAAGCAGGGUGCUCCCCUGAUUGGGUUAGCUACUAUCUUGUGGUUAGGGUCCUCUAUUUAACAGGGAGAAUUGUUAGAGGGAAGAGGCUUGUAGAUGCUAUGCUUGAAAGUGGAGUGUCUCCAACUGCUAAGUUUUUCCAUGGUCUUAUAGGUGUCCUUUGUGGAACAGAGGAAAUCGACCAUGCUCUUGAUAUGUUCAAACUUAUGAAGAGGUGUGAACUAGUGGAUGCUCGUAUAUAUGACCUGCUUAUAGAAAAGCUUUGUAGGAUUGGUAGAUUUGAAAUUGGAAGAGAGCUGUGGGAUGAGGCUACAAAGAGUGGUAUUGUAUUAGGAUGCUCACAAGAUCUGCUGGAUCCCUUGAAGACAGAGGUAUUCAGACCAGUUUGUCCAGCACAAAGAUUAAGCCCUCAGAACUAUAAGCGUUUGGCCCGAAAAAAGAAGGAGCAAGAACAAGAUUUUGGCGUACUACUGGAGCAGGGGGCAGAAGGGAGGGUAUUUGCUUCGACAUUUGUGGGACGAAAAUGUGUAAUCAAAGAGCGCUUUUCGAAAAAGUACCGGCACCCAUUGUUGGACUCGAAGUUGACUCUAAAGCGCUUGAAUGCAAUAGGAAAUGCCGUCGGCAAACUACAUGAUGGAGGCCUUGUUCAUGGUGAUUUGACCACGUCCAACAUGAUAAUUAAGAACAGUAACAAUCAAUUGGUUCUUAUUGAUUUUGGUCUGAGUUUCACAUCAACAAUUCCUGAGGACAAAGCGGUGGACCUAUAUGUGCUAGAGAGAGCUUUGAUUUCCAUGCAUUCGUCCUGUGGGGAUAUGCAAACUUAUGUGGGUAACAACACUGAUUUUGAUGAUGAACCGGAUGGAGAAAAUCCUGGCGGCGUACAGAAAGGCUUCGAAGCAGUGGUGGUCGACCCAGAACAAGCUGGCUCAAGUGAGGCAACGGGGCAGGAAGCGCACCAUGGUCGGAUGAAGAAAAAUCUGUGGCUUGGAAUGGCUGGAUACUAUUAG